CUGGCCCGCGCCGACGCCGCUGACGCCGAGUACGCCGUAGAGCAGCUCUUCCUGCACGCGCCGGCGCAGCGCAGCGUGCUGGCCGCCCCGGCCUUCGGGCCUCUGGACCGACCGGGCAGCUUCCAGCCGUUCUUCAGCGACAUCGAUCGGAAAGACGACAGGUGCACCACGCUGGUGGAGAGGCCCCACCCUUACCUCGCAUGCCGGCCGUUGGCGUUCUCCCUCCACUGGCAGUACACGUCCACGGACCUGGAGGUGGUAGACAUCGGCCGGCGCCAGCUCGUGCGGCGACUCAGGGUGCUGGGCCCCGGCCCGCCGGGCUCGGUGCACCUGCGCCGCCAGCCGGCCGUCAAGUACAUCCACCACGACUUGGAGCGCAACGAGCUGGUGAUGACAUCAGUGCAGACGGAGGAGGCGCUGGCGUCCGUCAUCGUGUUCACGCUGCACCCGCUGGAGUUCCUGCUGCACUUUCAGGUGUUGCGUCGCCACUUCCCGCGCGUCGACUCGGUGACGGUGGGCGACGGGGUGGUGAUGCUCAGCUCCCGCUCCCGGGGCCUCGUCUCCCUCUUCAGCCUGGAUCGGAUACUGCAGGAGAGGAGCUUCCAGGCCGGAUUGGGAGACGAGGUGACCGUCCAGGGCCAGCGGUACGUGAUCGGUCAGCCUCCGAACGGCCUGCCAAUCAACGGCCAGCUCCUGCCCACGGCUCCGCCCAUAGCCACGUUCCCCGCUCACCAAGGCUAUCUGGAGAUAGGCGCCACGCCUUACCACGUGGUUACUCGCCGCAAGCAGUGUGACGGCUUUGAGGUCCACGCCGUCUCUGACGGGGUCAGGGUGCUGACCUGCGGGGGUCUGCAGCCCAGCAUCUGCCCCGAGGCGGCGACCUUCAUCGACGACGGCCCGCUCAUCGUGCAGCAUUCAACCUCUGAGCUCAGGGUGUUUGACCUUAGGUCAGGUCAGGUGGUCAUGCACGUCGAUCCGUUGUGUUUCUCCGUUAACUUCUCGCCGGUACCAAAGUGUUCCUGUUAG